AAUUUUCGUUUUGAUCACACAAUUUGCGCUUAAUUUCGAAAACAAGAUUUCAAUAAUAUUUACGACAUUUCCGAAACAACCGACGUCCCCGACACCGACAAUAAACAAAACAAAAAAAACAAGAUUAGUAUUCCAGGGAAACGUGUGCAAAACGGCGAUAAUAAUCAAAGUGUAAUAAUCAACAACAACAAAAAAGUGUCGAGCAAGUCGAAAUGAAUUAACGUAUUAAUUGAUCACCCACAAAAACCAGUUACACGCAUAUAUAUUAAUCAAUUUCAAAUUUUAAUAUUCGCCGCAUCGAAAAAACCGCAAUAAAAUUGUUACGGGGUCAAUGCUGUUGUUAUUUGUUUGAAAAACCAUACAUUUUUGUUCAGCGAGCAAGCGCCAAAACUACAAAAGGAAACACGAACUACUCUUUGGAGGCGCUGCAGCAAACGCGCAGCGGAUAAUUGAAUCAUAAAAGGACACAGUGAGCCAGACAGACAGACAGUCAGACAAAUCGGAGCCAAGUUCUCGACAGCGGGCAAUGUUAACAAAGCCAAGCGAAUAAUUGGUGCAGGACGAGGACGAGGACCGACCGCAGGGGGGCAGCAGCAGCACAGAGCGGGUUGUGAGGCAAGGAGGCUAAGAAAUGACAGCCGCGCUGCUUUAAUUAAAGUUUGCACGCGCGGAGGAGGCGCGUGGAGGCUGUGCCUACAGAGAGAGCGAGAGCGAGUGCGAGUGCGAGUGCGAGUGCGAGAGAGAGACAGAGAGCAAGCGGCGGGUGUGCGAGCGAGAGAGAGUGAGAGGAAAUUGGAAACGCAAUGUGGCUGAUGCCGCGCACUGUGCACAACAGAACAAAGUGGACGAAAUUGCUUUUGGAACUGAACGAGCUGCGUUUACCGGAUAUAACGCAUAUAUAGACAGAGGAGAGGGAGCGAACAGCGCGAAGCCGACAUUUCAUUUUGAUUACAUUUACCUUUUACACAAAGCGGCAUUGAAAUAUUAGCCAAAAAAAAACAAAAAAAAAUAAAUAAAUAAAAUUACAUAUAUUGAGAAACAAGAAGAACAACAACAACAACAAGUAAGCAAGGACCAACCAAGCAGUAGCCAAAUAUCAAGGAGCAGCGGUACCAGCACAAAGUUUUAAGCUGUUGAAUUUAACGCCUGAAAUAGCCGCAAACAAAGCAGUCACAUUUGCAUGCCUCAAGGAUUUGAAAGGAGUCACCCAUCAACAGUUACACAUGAACACGCCGCUGUGACGAACACGACGACGACGACGAAGGAGUACGUGGCGAGAAGAGAGAGGAGCACGCGCAACACUCAACACUUGGCGCCACGGCACCACAUUUAAGCCAACUUUAGCGAAGCGUCAGCGGACGCAACGUGGCAGACCCGCAACGAAUUGGCUUCGAAGCAUCAUCAACCCCACCCCCCCAAACCCACCAUCGCCAACACCAUCACCACCAGCCCUUGCUCAAAACCAAACCAAAUCAAAAACACCAUCAUCAUCAGGAAGACGCAAACGAAACCGCAGCCGAAGCAAGCAACUUGUCAUAGUCAGCCAGCAAUUGUCAUUGCAACUGCAACUGAAGCAUAAACAGCACACAUACACAAUCCCCCCUAUACCCAUUAUCCAUUACCAGCAGUGGCAGCAGUAGCAGCAGCAACAACAAUCCGAUGAAUCUUCUAUGCUGUUGUUGUUGCAGUAACAUGGCACCAAACCAGCGCGUCACACGCAAAUGGGAACUGUUUGCCGGACGCAAUAAAUUCUACUGCGAUGGAUUGCUAAUGUCCGCACCGCACACGGGUGUCUUCUACUUGACGUGCAUCCUGAUUACCGGCACCAGUGCCCUCUUCUUUGCCUUCGACUGCCCGUUUCUGGCGACGCGCAUUAAUCCAGUUAUACCAAUUGUGGGAGCCGUUUUAUACUUCUUCACGAUGAGCUCGCUGCUGCGCACAACCUUCACGGAUCCUGGCGUCAUACCUCGUGCCUCCAAUGAUGAGGCUGCCUAUAUUGAAAAGCAAAUUGAAGUGCCAAACUCGCUGAACAGCCCCACAUACCGACCGCCGCCUCGCACCAAGGAGGUGCUCGUCAAGGGGCAGACGGUCAAGCUGAAGUACUGUUUCACCUGCAAGAUCUUCAGGCCACCACGCGCCUCGCACUGCAGCCUGUGCGAUAAUUGCGUGGAUCGCUUCGAUCACCACUGUCCCUGGGUGGGCAAUUGCGUGGGCAAGCGAAAUUAUCGGUUCUUUUAUUUGUUUCUAGUCUCGCUGGCAUUUUUAGCCGUAUUUAUAUUCUCGUGCUCUGUGACGCAUUUAGUUUUAUUGAUGAAAACGGAACAGGAGGUCUUCGAAGUAAUAAAGAAGGCGCCCUUCACUGUGAUUGUUGUGUUCAUUUGUUUCUUCUCCAUUUGGUCGGUUAUCGGACUGGCUGGAUUUCACACAUAUCUGACCACCAGCGAUCAGACAACGAAUGAGGAUCUCAAGGGUUCGUUUUCAUCGAAGGGCGGUCCGCGCACACAGAAUCCCUAUUCGCGUGGCAACAUUUGCCUCAACUGCUGCCACAUCCUGUGCGGACCCAUGACGCCCUCGCUGAUCGACAGGCGCGGCAUUGCCACCGAUGAGUAUAUACAACAGAUGCAUCAUUCCAGUCCGCGGCAUGCAUUAAGCGAUGUCAUCAGCGCCUCACAAUUGGUCACCACAGCGCAGCCAAUGCUGGGUGGCAUGUCGGGCAUUGGUGGUGCCGGCGGUGGUGUCAGCAUUGGCGGUGGUGCCGGCGCUGAGCUCAAGCCGCGCUUCUACGAUGAGUCGAAUCCCUCAUCCUCAACCAUGGAGAGCAACGGACUAGCAGCUGCUGCUGCUGCAGCUGGAGGAGCUGUUAACGGUCAUGGGCAUGGCCAUAAUGGGACUCAUGGCUUCGAUCGUCCGCCCAGCUAUGAUAUGCUGCAGAACGGUAAUUCCAAUAGUCUAGCUCAGCUCGUCGACAACGAGAUUCCGUUGGCCCAAAUGGACAUGCCGGCGUAUACGCAACAAACGGCCACACAGACACGUCAGUUCCGGCACCACAAGCAGCGUCAGCUUUCGAAUGGUGGCUCUGCGAUUGCAGAUUUGGCAUAUGAAAACCAAUUGGCAGCCGCCGCCAGCAGCGAGGAUGAGCUGGACACUGCUGAUGUCGUUGUGGUCGCCGGCACCGAAGUAGUUGCUGCCGUCUCCGCCAUCGCUGCGUCAAGCAGGGCGCGUGAGAUGCGCAACCGCAACCGCAGCGGCAGUUACAGCAAUCUCUUCGAUGUGGACUUUGAUGCAGCACUGGUGAAUGCCCCAAUGGCGGGUGAAACCCAGCAUAAACCCUCUGCGGGUGCCGCUCUGCUCGCAGCUGCCAUCAACGGUGAACAGCAGACGCUGAUUAAGUCCGUGUCGCAGCCAGAGAAUAUGUACAGCAAUGUGCCGCAAGUGGCAGCCACAGAUGCUGCCCUGCAUGUCUACUCGAACAUCAUCGAUGAACAACAGGCUCAUCAGCAACAGCAGCAACAGCUACGGCAGCAGCAGCACAGUGAACAACAGGCUGUGCUCUCAUCGACGCUGCUCAGUGACGAUCUCGAUCUGGACGAUCCCGUCAGCGCCUCCUUCCAUCACCGCAAAUCGGUGGGUGAUGGAGCCGAACAAGCAAAAUCGGCGGAUCGACUGAGGAUGCUCCAUGAUACGACAAUGAUUGAUACCGCGCUCGAUCUCGAUAGCUUGGACGGCUCCAGUAUGGGCAACAACUCACAGUCGUGCUUAGUGAAGACACCAAAAGCGACAACAACCAACUCCACUUGUGCGCCAAUUGUCUGAGCUUAGUCGGGUAUACCCUGUAAAUAGCCAAGUAUUUACCAUUGUGCAUCAGCUUUUAAAUUAGACUUAAACAAGGCCAAUCCCAGCAGAUUAAAGUAUUAUUCCCCUAAAUACUUAAACUGUCCACGUUUUAGCUUUUUGAUUAAAAAUUUUAUGAUUUAAUGUGCGGACACUUUAAAAAUCAACCUAUCAAGAGAUGCAACUAAAAUAUUACCUUAAGGCGUUACGCAUUCAUAAAUAUAUAAAUAAAUCUAUAUACAUAUACAGAUUAUAAAAGAUAAACAAUUAAAGCAUACAAGUACAUAUACAUAUACAAAACGUGGUGAACAAUGUUAACAAUUCAAAUGCAUUAAAAAUGAAUGAAUAAAUCCAUACUAUAUUAUUAACUGAAACUGUUUAUACAAAUACACGCAUUCAUGUAAAGCAAACAUAUAUAUAUAUAUAUAUAUACUAUACAGACAUAAAGAUAUACAUAGAUCCGUUGUAUAUGGUUAGUUAUAGCAUAUAAUUUUUGUAUAUUUAAGUUUUUACAAAAGGUAAACAAGACGAGCGUGUUCUCCGUUUUUUUCAGAGUUUAUUACGAAGAAUAAAUUGAAAGCGGAAAAUUCCAUGCAAUAUAUUUAUGUGUAAGUCAUGUUAUAAAUAUAAAUAAUAAACAAUGAAGUACACCACAAAAAAAUAACAGCAUAAGAGAUAAAAUAAAUAAUAAUAAAAACAGUGUAACGUAUGUUUAUUUACAUAUUAUACUUUACCAUGUAAUUCAAAUUUAAGUGUAUGUGCGUGGUGUACAAUGUUAUCUGAACAUAUUAAAUUUGACAACAUGUUAAGAGAGUAUGUUAUGCGAAACUAACGAACUACAAUUAUACAAAGAAUACAAUUUAUAAAU